AAGCGCCGCUUGCGCCACGGGCAGAGACGGCGCGUCAUUGACGUCAUCGUUGCCCGACAGCUUUCCGGGAGUCUGGAGUCGAAGUCUGUGAGGUAUUUUUCAAAUCAGUCAUAAUGGCAGGUGAAGAAAUUAAUGAAGACUAUCCAGUAGAAAUUCAUGAGUAUUUGUCAGCGUUUGAGAAUUCCAUUGGUGCUGUGGAUGAGAUGCUGAAGACCAUGAUGUCUGUUUCUAGAAAUGAGUUGUUGCAGAAGUUGGACCCACUUGAACAAGCAAAAGUGGAUUUGGUUUCUGCAUACACAUUAAAUUCAAUGUUUUGGGUUUAUUUGGCAACUCAAGGAGUUAAUCCUAAGGAACAUCCAGUAAAGCAGGAAUUGGAAAGAAUCAGAGUAUAUAUGAACAGAGUCAAGGAAAUAACAGACAAGAAAAAGGCUGGCAAGCUGGAUAGAGGUGCCGCUUCAAGAUUUGUAAAAAAUGCUCUCUGGGAACCAAAACCGAAAAAUGCAUCAAAAGUUGCCAAUAAAGGAAAAAGUAAAAGUUAACUUUUUGAUUUUGAUGUAUGCAUAUUCGAAAAGUACAUCAUUUUUUUCCACAAAAUAAUUCUGUGGCAGUGCAAAGUUUAAAUGUGUUUCUUAUUGAAUUAAUAUAUAUAUUUACAGUAAAUUUGUAAAGCUGAAUACUUUCCUCUCCAAAGAUUGUUGUCUUUCUUGAUUUGCACUAUGAGGAUUUAAACAUUGUGAUAUAUUUUAUAUUUAUAAUUUACCAUCUCUUUUGAUGAGACUCUUAUUUCUUUAUAUAGGUCAAUCUUGCAAGUACCAUUUUAUAAGCAACUGUGAAAUUUAAGUAAAAUGUUCUUUGUAAACAUUUGUACUAUUUUAAAUGAAUUAAUGACCUUAUGAAGUAUGCUUUCUGUAGACUGAAAUUAUAGGUAUAUCUGUUUUCACUAUAUGACAUUAAAGAAAGCAUGAGAUGAUCUAAAUGUUCAUUUUUUUCUAUAUAGUUACUUUAUCAUGUUUUCAUGAUUUUAGGAAUUACUGCUUUAUUGCCAGAUAUAGGUGAAGGGGAGGAAGGCAGCAAAUCACGCUGCCAUGUGUGUACCUAUGCAACAAUCUUGCAUGUUCUUCACAUGUACCCCCAAACUGAAAAUGCAAUAAAAAAAAAAAAAAGAAACUAAAAGUUUAUAGUUGUACUUUAAUUCUUGGAAUGUUGCCUCUAUGUCCCAUUUAAAAUAAAAUACAUUCUCAUUAACUUUAGAUGGGAAAUAAAGUUGUAUGUUGAUGGAUAAAUUUUGGCAUGAUGACUAUACUCUCUCAGUAAAGGCUGAAAAUGUUGUAUAACUGA